AGUGUGUGAAAGAUGACGGUAAUAUUAUUAAUAAGCAAGUCUUAUGAAACUACUCCCAUUACCCCUCAACAAGCAAGCUCCUACAAUGGAGCUCGCUUUACACUUCCACUAUUUCUCUCCCAUUUCUCCACCAUACAAAUUAAACUCAUCCACCACUUUUACAUUCAGAAACAGACCUCAAUUUCACUUCAAAUCCAAACACAGCAGCAGCAGUAAUAAAACGACAAUGUUAUUUUCAAGAAAUCAGAUUUUAGUCAGCGAAGAAGAAGAAGAAGAAUUGGACGAAGACGAAGAAGAGGAGAAAGUAUUAUCAUUGAGUAUGAAGCCAGAGAGGAACAUGGGGUUGCUUGAUGACUAUGAAAUGGAAGAGAAUUUUGCUUCGGACCCGAAUCAUCGAAGCGGGUAUGUGGCUGUGGUUGGGAAGCCAAAUGUGGGGAAGAGUACACUUUCCAAUCAAAUGAUAGGGCAGAAGUUGUCAAUUGUUACUGAUAAACCUCAGACUACCAGACAUCGGAUUCUUGGUAUAUGUUCCGGUUCUGACUACCAGAUGAUACUUUAUGAUACGCCUGGUGUAAUUGAGAAGCAAAUGCACAAGUUGGAUUCUAUGAUGAUGAAGAAUGUUCGCAAUGCUACAAUUAAUGCAGACUGUGUUCUAGUAAUUGUUGAUGCAUGUAAAACACCUGAAAAGAUUGAUGAAGUGUUGGAAGAAGGUCUUGGAGGUCUUAAAGAGAAGCCACCUACAUUACUUGUAAUGAAUAAGAAAGACUUGAUCAAACCUGGUGAAAUUGCAAAGAAACUCGAGUUGUAUGAGAAAUUCACAGAUGUGGAUGAGGUCAUACCUGUGAGUGCAAAAUAUGGACAUGGAGUGCAAGAUAUCAAGGAUUGGAUACUGUCAAAACUUCCAUUGGGGCCAGCUUAUUACCCAAAGGACAUUGUUAGUGAACACCCUGAAAGGUUUUUCGUGGCUGAGAUUGUAAGAGAAAAGAUCUUUAUGCAAUUUCGUAAUGAAGUUCCUUAUGCAUGUCAGGUCAAUGUAGUAAGUUACAAAAGUAGGCCUACAGCAAAAGAUUUCAUACAAGUGGAGAUUGUUGUUGAGAAGAACUCUCAGAAGAUCAUCAUCAUCGGGAAGGAAGGAAGAGCUCUAAAAGUACUUGCAACAGCUGCUCGGCUCGAUAUAGAAGACUUCUUGCAGAAGAAAGUCUUUCUUGAGAUAGAAGUAAAAGUGAAAGAGAACUGGAGGCAGAAUGAAGGGCUUCUUAACCACUAUGGCUAUGGAGGGAAAAUUCGAGCCUUAUAACAACAAUUUUGCUAGAAUCUCCAGCUAUCCAACAGAAUUUGUUGGGAUUGUUUACUUGUAAGAAACUGAAUUUUUUCCAGGAAAAUUGUAAAUUAAAUUUUGGUGUUUAGUUGAAAUUAUUCUCUGAAUGAAAGACUAAAGUUGAGUUUUUUAAA